GUCUACUGCUAACAUUUGCAAGAAAACCCACUCUUUGGUCAGAAAUUUACUUUCACGAGUUUGGAAUCCCUUCAGAUUUCUUAAUGCUCCAGUAACGAUAUUUGACAUUAAAUGUCUCCUGUAAACAUGGAUAUUAUCUUCGUGCUGCUAAUUAUCUUCAGCUCACUGCAAAUGUCCAUGACCCAGAAAACAGCAGACACCGAUUAUGCAGAUAUUGUGUUUCUUGUUGAUGGUUCAAGCAGCAUGGGAGAGAAAGCAUUCAACCAGUCAAAGAUCUUCUUAACCAAAACAAUAAAUCAACUGGAAGUGAGAACUGACAAAUUCCGCAUUGGCUUAGCACAAUACAAUGAUGACCUACAACUUGGGUUCAAAUUUGAUACUCACAGGACAAAAAAUCAAAUUCUAAACUUCAUUAAAAGUAAAUUUACCUUCAUUGGUGGAUCCGCAAAGGCUGGUAAUGCUAUAACAAAGGUACAUGAAACAUUUUUUACCAAAGCCAGCGACAAAGACAAAUUAAGAAACCAUAUUCUUGUUGUGAUUGCUGCUGGAUCUUCUCAAGAUGAAGUAGGUAAUCCAGCCUUAGUUUUACGAAAUGAUGGAGUCCGUAUCAUUUCACUGGGAUUGCAGCAAGCUCCUUUGGAACAACUGGAAUAUAUGGCUAUAGAUAAGAGCUUCGCUGUUCAGAAACAAAAUCUAAAGGAACUGAUUGCAUAUUCAGAUGUUAUGGUAAAAACAAUUCAAGACGCAAUAAGAAUAGAACUUGUUCCACAAGAAACCACAGCAAUACCAUUGGCAAAUGGUGCAACCACAACUGUUUCUUCAUAUUUCACUGGAGCAUACAACGAUGAUGCUGGAAUCCAAACCUACCGUUGUAUAUCAAAAGUGGCAGCUGAUAUGGUAUUCCUUGUAGACACAUCUCGUCAUGGCCUUAAAGAAAAUGAAGAAAUUAAAAAAUUUAUAAAAUAUAUAAUAGAACGUCUAGAAGUCACGGACCAUUGUGUCCAUAUUGGAUUGGUGACUUAUAGUAGUAAACCUAAGGUAAUAGCCACUUUGGAUCAUGGUACCGAUAUCUCAACAGUCUUGACAUUUGUAGACAACAUAUUGGUUCUAGAAGAAGACACUGCUAAUACAGGCUUUGCCAUUAACUUUACAAGAACAGACAUUUUUGAUAGCAAAGCAGGCAGUCGACGGAACCAAGGAAUAGAGCAAACAGCAAUUUUGGUCACUCAUCGCUCAUCUUCAGACAGUGUUGCUGAAGCCUCUCAUCUCCUUCGUAAACAGGGAGUUAGAGUUUUCACUGUAGGAAUUGGAAAACACAACAUGACGCAGCUAAAUCAAAUUUCAUCGCAUCCUACUGAACUUUAUGGUAUUGAUGUAAAGACGUUUGAAAACUUGUCAUCUGAAGGAGACAUCUUAUUAAAGAAAAUAAAGAAUUCCAUUGAAGAUGUUAUAAUUAGUCGUAGAAAAACUGAUAUAGUGAAACAAGGAUGUUUGAACACACAACAAGCUGAUAUCUACCUGCUCAUUGAUGGAUCAGGAAGCAUAUACCCCGAUGACUUUAAAGAAAUGAAGACAUUUUUGGAAGAGUUUGUUGAAUUAUUUGACAUAGGACCUGAGAACGUUCGGGUCGGAGCUGUUCAGUAUUCAGAAAAUCCACAGGAGGAAUUUGGUAUUGAAACACAUGACACAAAAACAAAUCUAAAAUUAGCCAUCCAAAACACUAGGCAGCUAGGAGGAGGCACUAAUACAGGGGGAGCAAUGAAUUACACUACCAGACUUAUACUCGAUCCAAGCAGUAAAAGGAUGGAGGAUGUGCCAGUGUAUUUGAUUGUCCUUACAGAUGGAGAGUCACAAGACAGUGUAAAGGAGGCUGCUCAGAUUUUGAGGGGUUACAAAGUUGACAUAUACGCAAUUGGAGUAAAAGGUGCUAAUGAGACUCAACUAUUGGAAAUCACUGGAGACAGCAAGAAGGUUCAUUUUGUCAAAGACUUUGAUUCCUUAAAAGAUAUUAAAAACAAGAUAGCGCGUCAAAUCUGUACCACAGAAGCUUGCAAAGAUAUGAAGGCUGAUGUCAUAUUUCUGGUGGACAGUUCUGAAAGUAUAGGUCAGACGAACUAUGAUAAAAUGAAGACAUUUAUGAAACAUGUGGUCAACAAAACUGAGGUUGGACAGCAUAAAGUACAAUUUGGCGUUGUUCUUUUUAGUGAUUCACCUAAACUGGAGUUUCAGCUAAACAGCUAUUCAACCCUACCUCCCAUUAUGGAUUCUAUAGACAAAAUAACAUAUAUAGGAGAAACCACUUACACAGGAAAAGCCUUGGAGUAUGUAUCACAAUAUUUCACAGUAGCCAAAGGUGCAAGACCCAAAGUGAAAAAAUUUCUUAUACUGAUUACAGAUGGUGUAGCACAUGAUGAGGUGAAGACUCCAGCUGAAUCUCUUCGGAAUAGUGGUGUUGAUAUUUUUUCUAUAGGAGUUUUUGGGGCCAAUAAGACCCAACUAGAAGAAAUAAGUGGGAGGGAUGAGAGAGUUUCCUAUCUAGAAACAUUUGAUGCUCUGAAGACUAUAGAAGAUGAGCUUGUCUUUGGUUUAUGCAACCCCGAAGAAGAAUGUGGGAAAAUAGAGAAAGCUGAUAUUGUAUUUGUGAUUGAUUCAUCUGGCAGUAUAAAUAAUGAUCAGUAUCAACUAAUGAAAGAUUUUGUGAUAUCCAUGGUGAACAAAUCAGAAGUUGGUCCACAGAAUGUCCAGUUUGGAGCUCUGAAGUACUCAGAUAACCCUUCAAAACUAUUCUAUUUGAAUGACUUCGGCAGCAAAACAAAUAUUAUGAAUGCCAUUAAAAGUGAUGAAUCAAUGGGAGGCAAUACAUACACUGCUAAGGCUUUGGACUAUUCACAAACCUUCUUCACAGAGGGAAAAGGCAGUCGUCGGAGUUCUGGAGUCCCUCAAUACUUGAUUAUUAUAACUGAUGGUGAAUCUCAUGAUCACGACAAACUGAAUGAAACAUCAAAACAUCUACAAGAUCAAGGCAUAAAUGUAUUUGCAAUUGGGAUUGAUAAGGCAAAAACAGAUGAGCUGAAGACAAUGGCCGGCACAAAGGGAAAAUGGUUCCUAGUUGAUUCAUUUAGUGGAUUAAAUGAAAUUUUUGGGAAUGUAUCAGAUGCAAUGUGCAAUAAAACAGCUUGUGAAGCUGAGAAGGCAGAUCUUAUUUUUCUGAUUGACGGUUCCACCAGUAUUUCUAAUGAUGAUUUUAAAAUAAUGAAGAACUUCAUGAAGUCUGUUAUUGAUGAUUUUGAUAUUGCUGUGGACAGAGUCCACGUGGGAGUCGCACAAUAUAGUCAUAAUUAUAAAGUACAUUUUAGAACAAAAAGAUUUACUGAAAAGAAAACUGUGAAUAAUGAAAUUGAAAACAUCCCAAAAUUAAAUGGAAACACGUUGAUUGGUAGUGCACUACAAAAGACAGAAAAGGAAUUGUUUAAUGUGCCAGAAAAUCGUAUAAGUGAAGGUGUUCACCAAAUCUUGGUUGUAAUAACUGAUGGAGAUUCGCAAGACAACGUUGCACCACCAGCUCAGUCUCUUCGAAAUAAAGGAGUUGAUAUAUAUGCUGUUGGCGUGGGAAAUGUGCAGAUGACACAGCUUAUCAGUAUUGCUGGAUCCUCAAAGACUGUAUUUUCGGUGAAAAACUUUGCUGAGCUGCAAUCCAUAAAGAAGAAAAUUGUCAGAAACAUAUGUGAAGAAACUACAUCAAGCAAUUGUUCUGCUGAUGUUGUUGUGGGUUUUGACAUUUCAAAUCAGUCCAUAAAUGCCAGCUUGUUUACCGGUCAAAGUCUGCUAGAAAGCCGCCUUCAUGAUAUCUUAACCCGUGUGUCAUCUUUACCAAGUGCAAGCUGCACUCCUGGAGCAAGACCUCAUACCAGCGUGGCAUUCCAUGUUAAAAAUACAAAUGAAAUUGUUUUGCCACUGUUCCACAUCUACAGCCCAAGCUUACUCAGUGACCUAAAGAAAGUUAAGAUUAAUGGUCCAUCCAAACUUGAUUCUUCUUCUCUUAUGUCUAUGUGGGAAAUCUUAAAAAACGGAAAUGCAGCAAAAUCAAAGGUGCUACUUAUCUUUACAGAUGGAUUGGAUGAAAAUAUUGAACUCCUUGAAGACACAGCAGAGGACCUCAUUAGAAAUGGUGUUAGUGCAUUAGUUACUGUUGCGUUAGAGAACACACAAGGUUUUUCUGACCUUAAGUACAUUGAAUUUGGCAGAGGUAUCAAUUACCUGACCCAGAUAAAUAUUGGAAUGUCAGACAUUGAUAGGAGGCUGGUUGAAGAGAUGUCUCAUGUCAUAGAACGGAAAUGCUGCUGUUCAGUUUGCAAGUGCACUGGACAAUCUGGUGAACGUGGGCUUCCUGGAUCACCUGGAAAACCGGGUCGACCUGGGUUUAAAGGAAUGCCAGGACAUGCUGGGGAUGAAGGUGAAUCGGGUGAAAGAGGACCACCGGGUCCAAUUGGAGAGCCAGGAGUUCGUGGAUCCAGAGGUUUUAAAGGCCAGAAGGGUUUCAGAGGAAUGCAAGGAGACAAGAAUGAACCUGGUGAACCUGGACUUGAUGGGGUACCUGGUGAGCAGGGCAACAACGGACGUCAAGGGCAGAAGGGAGAAAAGGGAGACACAGGAGAACAAGGUAGUCGGGGUUCAAAAGGAAGACCAGGAAGCAAAGGAAGUAAAGGAAUAAAAGGAGAUCUGGGUGAGCCUGGAGCUGAUGGUACAAUCCCUGGUCCUCAGGGUGACAAAGGAGACCAUGGCCCUGAGGGUGAACCUGGAAGAGAUGGAAAAGUAGGAGACCCUGGACCCAAAGGAAGUGAAAAUCAACCAGGUAAAAAGGGACCCCCAGGCCUAAAGGGACUCAGGGGAGAAACGGGUGAACCUGGCUUGAGGGGAGAAAACGGCUUUAAAGGACCCCAGGGAGACAGAGGAAAUGAAGGAGCAAAGGGUGAAAAGGGAAGCAACGGACAGAAUGGGUUUCCAGGUGCAUUUGGGAUUGCAGGUAGUAGAGGCAACCCUGGGAAUCCUGGUCUUAAUGGAAAGAAGGGAGAACCUGGAGAUCCCGGUAGUAAAGGUAGUCCUGGACCAAGAGGUCCACAAGGAUCAGAGGGAGACAUUGGCGAGCCCGGUUAUGGUAAAGCUGGGAGAAAAGGGGAAAAGGGACCAUUGGGCUGCCCAGGACAUAUGGGAUUUAAGGGUGCACAAGGUGACCCUGGGAUCCCAGGAGACCCUGGAAAAAUGGGUGUUGAUGGAAGACCUGGAACUGCAGUCGAUGGCAAUCCUGGUGAAAAAGGAUCAAUCGGCCCACCAGGUCCAAGGGGAAGAAAAGGACCCAAAGGUUUAUCUAAACAGUCGCAAUGUCAACUAAUUGAUUACGUCCGCAAUACAUGCCCGUGUUGCCACGGUAAAUCUAUAUGUCCUGUAUAUCCCACGGAACUGGUCUUUGCUCUUGACAUGUCAUCUGACAUUACGCCAAGCAUAUACAAAAGAAUGAAAGAUAUUGCCACAGAUAUCUUAGCCAAUGUCACGAUUAGGGGGAGUAAUUGUCCUGUUGGAGCCAGAGUAUCUGUGCUAUCCUAUAACUCACACACCAAAUACCUCAUAAGAUUCUCUGACUUUAAAAGCCAUGAACAACUAAUCUCAGCUUUGAAGAAUGUCCCUCUGGAGAAGACAGCAAGAGGUCGUGACAUUGGUGGUGCCAUGAAGUUUAUAGCCAGAAACAUCUUUAAGAGGACUCUUCAAGGUGCCACUGUCAGAAAAAUUGCUAUGAUUUUCAGCAAUGGACCCUCCGAUGAUGUAGAGUCCAUUAACACAGCGGUAAUGGAAUUCAGUGCUCUUGGAAUAAUUCCAGUAGUCAUCUCCUUUAAUCCUCUACCAGCUGUCAAACGGGCCUUCACAAUGGAUUCUAGUGGUACUUUCCAAGUGGUUGAUAUUCCAGCAAAUGGAGACUACACACCAUUAUUACAAAACUUGAAGUUGUGUACUUUAUGUUAUGACAUGUGUAAACCUGCUGCCACUUGCGUUGAAGCCAGACCCCGUCCACAACGUUCUCAUAUAGACAUAGCUUUCCUUCUAGAUAAUUCAAACAACAUGGAGCAUUAUGAAUUUGAUGUUGCAAGAAAUUUCAUAAGUGCAACUAUCGAUCAGCUUGAUAUUUCUUCUGAACCCAAGACUUCAGAUUCAGGAGACCGGGUAGCUCUGGUGAGCGAUGCAUUUUUCCAUUCCAAACAAGGAAAUCCUAAGGGUGAGUUUGAGUUAGUGACUUAUAACAGCAAAACUCGAAUGAAGAGACACAUAAUGGAAUCCGUCACUCUUCAGAGCAGUCAACCUGUUCUUGGUUUAACCUUAGAAAGGACAAUUGAUGAAAUAAUGUCAAAGGCUCCACAUAUCAGAAGAAAUAAAGUCUUCAUAAUUAUUUUGUCUGGAGAGACAAGCAUUGGAGAUAAACACAAACUUUCAGAGGCCUCUCUGUUGGCUAAAUGUCAAGGUUAUGGUUUAUUUGUGCUUUCAAUUGGUAAAGUAUAUAAUUAUACUGAAUUGACGGAGGUCGCCAGCAAACCUCUGGACCAUCACCUGCUGCAGCUGGGCAGAACUCACAAGCCGAACCUUGAUUAUGCAAUUGGAUAUCUGCAACCAUACUUGAACUCUGUAAGGCGAGCCAUCAACAAAUAUCCACCAGGUGAUAUGAAGAGCAAGUGUGCUGUUCUACUUUCAUCUAGAAAUAGAAGAUAUGCAUUAUCUGAAGGGAAGGAAAAGGACAUUGAUGCUGAAGCAGAAUUAGUAAAUUCUACAGAAAAUGUUGGGGUUGCCAAUGUCCCACUGGGUGACUUCAAAACAGAAACAUUCUCAUCACAAAUUGUUGAGAGUGUUUUAGACAAGGAAGACAACAGACAAAGUGAAACAGAACACAUUGGAACUCUAUCAUAACUGAUGAAAGAAAGAGAAGUUGGAAUACCUACCUAAACUGUCCGUUUUAAUCAAUCCA